AUGAGCGCGUUGGGUGUGGAAUUAUCGUCUGCAAUGAAUCGUUUCUGCAUUGUUUUCCUGCUCGCCUACGUACAGUGGUGCAACGCAAGCUACCAUGGCAAUGGAAAUGGAAAUAAUCACGGGCACAAUCACAAUCACAAUCACAAUGGAUACGGACAUGAAUUUCCUGUUGCUCAUAUCCAUGCGAUAGCGGCGGCAGCCCCUCUGUACUAUGCGUACGCGUUCCCGUUCUCCUAUGGACUUAUCCCGUUCAAGAAUCGCAAGAAGGCAGCCCAUAAAAGAAAGAACACCCGCAAGCAGUAG